AGGAAGGUGGAGGUGGACCUGCUGAAGCUCUGCUGGGGGGAGUCGUGGAAGACCCUCAAGCCGACCAAGAGGGGGCGCUGUCACCAAACCUCCUCGCUGAGGAGCACCAUCAGCCCGGGCAGGAGGUCCCGGGCAGGAGCCGCCAGGGGCGGGGAGGAGGAGGCCAGCCCGGGAUGGACAGACUCCUGGAAACUGGUGAAGCCCAGCCCAGCGCCUCCCGGCCCCACCGGCGUGGGGGAGGGCCAGGCGUGGGAGGUGGUGACGGAGAGCCGGUCCCUGGGCAGGUAUCAGCCGCGGGUGGGGGGCUACUGCCUCCCCGUGUGGGCCACGACCUGGAAGACCAUGAUCUUUGUGUUCAGGCAGCAGAAGCCAUGGUGGGACAGGGAAUGGCCCAGCCGGCCCCCCCCUGAACCACAGGACAAGACCCCCCAGCUGCUGGCCUUGGAGACACAGUGUGAGCGUCCCGACUGGCAGCAGGCCUGGAGAAUGUCUGUAACUGCUCCGCCGGCCGACACAGAACCCCCCGCUGGGACAACCAAGAUGGCCGACGUCUUUCUCCCAGGUUGGAACUCUGCCUGGCGACUGGCAGGAGCUCACCCUACUUCAGACGAGGGUGCAGAGCCAAGGAACUGGAACGACCUGUCCUGGAAGCUCCGCCCACAGAGCAGAUGGUGUAUGCCAUCACUAACUUCCCAGCAUCACCAUGCCAGCGCUUUAGAGAAGAGCCGAUUGGCUGCCAGCUUCCUUCUGACUCAGUCCCUCAAGACAGAGGGGGAGGACGAGGAAGAGGGCGAGGAAGAGGAGAUGGAAGAGGAGAUAGAAGAGGAGGAGACUGAAGAGGAGGAGACUGAAGAGGAGGAGGAGACAGAAGAGGAGGAGGAGGAGGAGACUGAAGAGGAGGAGGAGAGGCAGGAGGGCUCCAUGAAGGUUCUUCGUCUGCGGUUCCGUGAGUUUGGUGCGGCGUGGAGGAGCAGUUCCUGGCGGGCGUUCCACCGCCCGGAGGAGAAGGAGGAGGUGGACUCCGGCUGGAGGAGCGCCUGGAGGCUCCACAGGGAGGUGCAGGCUAACAGCGUGCAGGAGGAAGUGCUGCUCCUCAGGGGGCGAGGCCUCUGGGCCGAUGAUGGCCUUCCAGACCUCAAGGAGUGGAAGAAGAGCUGGAGAUACGCAAUUGGGCGGCAGAGGUCGGGGUCUAGGUUCCUUCUGCUCGACAGAGAUGAAGAGUAG